CUGCCUGGUACUCACUGAUUCCAGAGCUCAUUAAUGACUGCUGGCUGAGGCAUAUGUAAGGAGUGGCGGAACUUAGGCCAGGCUGUGCAUAGAGGACUUCACCACUGCUGAGGGUGAUUUUGUGCCAAACCCCCUCAAAGAACCCCAGCUGAUCAUUUCCCAAGAGGGUCCUGUCCCCCCUCCUGACUCUUGUAUGGGGCCAAUAAUUUGAGCUGAUAUUUUCUAGCUUCUGUUUUUAAACAGAGGCUGGUGGGCAGAGAUUUAGCUACAGCUUUAUCCUCUCAGGCAGUCAUUAUCCUGUUCAACCCAGAAAGCUUGUCAUUCUGCAGUGUUUCAUGUAUGUCUUGGUUUUUGGAUCUAGGUACAUGCACAUAGAUUUAUGCCAACCGGAUCUUCCGAUAUUUACGUCUGUGGAUAAUUCAUUCCUUGUCACCCAAUCCAAAGGUGGGGAAAGCUUAUCCUGGUGUAUGCUUAAUUUUCUGUGUUUUGUGUGUGUGUUUCGCUGGUGGAUUCAGUUGUAAUACAUAAUCUGAGGCGAUUGUUGUGCUGAUGGUGACCACGUCUGUUAAUCAAGGAAUAUCAUCAGCCUUCAGAUCAUGUGUGUGUGUUCAUGCAAGAAUUGACCACAACUGACCAGCCACUAUUCAGUGCCUGGGCAUUCUUCAGGGAGCGGUGGACCAAGCUUUGCUUGAAUUAGUUCUUAACCCUGGUUCCGAUAUUCUCUGGCAACCCUGACAUGCACAGUAUAGCUUUGCCCAGAUGAAAUUUCUGGUUCAAACAGCUCUGGAGUCCCCUUUGACAGUAUUACGUUUCUCAGCUCUCUACAUAUGAAAGGCAAAGGGGAGACGAGAACAAUGACUGGCAUCAGUGAUGACAACAUGAUAUUAAAGAGCCUGGCUGGCACAAAGGACCAUGAUUUGCAGCAGAAGAUUGACCAUGAGAUUAAGAUGCGCGACGGAACAGCCAAGCUGCUGGCAGCCUCCAAACACCCGGCUCAGAUGCUGGAGGCAGCCAAGAAUCUGCUCACAUCCAACACGCGCAUCAUCUCCUACAUGACAGAGCUGCAGCGCCGCAAAACAGCCGAGGUCAUGGGCAAGAACUCAACAUCUUCUGUGGCUGGGAACCAGGUUCCAUGUAAAGCCAAAGUUUGUGUCUCAGAUAUUAGAAUUCCAUUGAUGUGGAAGGACACAGACCAUUUUAAAAACAAGGGAGACCACCGACGUUAUGUCGUAUUUUGUCUUUUGAAAAUUGGCACAGAAAUCUACGACACAUCCAUGGUUAACAAUGUAGACAGAAGUAUGACAGAUAUUACCUUUGAUGAUGUUAUAGCUUUCAAUAAUAUUUCCCAUGACUUUGAGUGUAAAUUAGAAAUCUACUGCCACAAAUUACAUGAGGAUUUGACGAUUGCCAGCACCUCAAAGAAACUUCGGAAGAAGAUGAAUGACUUGUCGGGGUCUGUAGGACGGAGUGUGGGGAAACGCUUAUCAGGGCUGAAAGAUGAUGCUGACAUUAUUGGAAAUAUGGUUUUGGGUCCACGGUUUGAGUUGAUGGCCACAGGCAGCCUAACGUUAGCCGAUGUUGACAAUUGUAUUAGAACGUAUGAUCUCCAGUUAGAACCAGUGUCAGAGGCUGGGAGUGAACUCCCCUUGUUUGGUCACUACUGCUGCAAGUUUUCUGCUCAUCCAGAGUGUUUAAGGGAACCAGCUGGGACAGGCUUCCUUAAUUUACAGGCUAACAGCCAGGCUUCCUUACAGGAAGAUGAUGAUCUCUCAAAGUGGAAGAAAUAUUGGUGUGUGCUGAAGAACUUAGAAAUGGCGUGUUGGUCAUCGCCCACAGACGUGGAUGUCACACAGCCGCUCUUCACCAUCCCAGUCACCAAGAACACACAAAUCAGUGAUGCUGACCCUCGUACGUGUAAGCGCUCCCAUACAUUCCAUCUGAAGACAGUCCAGGGAGAGUUUGUAUCAGAACACACGCUGGCCGCCGAAAACAAAGAGGAGCUCAACAAAUGGUGGGAGGCCUUCCAACAACAUUUACUAGACCAAGUAUUUUGGAAGCAUGCCUGCGAACAACCAGUAGACAUGCGAUCAGCAUCACCACGGAAACUACCUCUGUUUUUGAGAAAGAGCUCUCUUUAUGAAGAUACGCCUAUAAAUGACCGGUCAUCAUACAAUGAAGAAGUUAUAGACAACCUUCAAAUGGAUGAGAAGCAACUGAGUCAGAUGUUAAACACGCUGAUGGGAGAGGCAAAGGAAAUACGGGGCGAUACAUCUAGUACAGCCAGCAGUUCAUCAACAGGCACCUGAACAAGGGAGAGAACUGUGUUAUCUAGAGAGUGUGCAAAGGCAGAUCACCCCCCAUACUCUGUAGUGAUGGACACCCAGAUUCAAGCAUGUGCUGAAUAUGUAAAGGCCAGGGAACCCAUCAGUGAUGAUAUUGCAGGCUUGCUUGUGUGCUUAAUCAGCUGUUAUCAAGGAUGUUUCAGAGUAUGUCAUUUACAUGCUUGGGAAAGUGCUGGUUUGUACAGUUACAAUCAGUUUUGGUUAUUAUAUAUCACGCCUCAUAAAUAUUGUAUCAACUUUGUACCUGUAUGUUACCAUGGUGACCUUUCACAUAUGUGCAUUCAAGCAUUUUUAAGAAUAACUACAACAACAAUAUGCCCAUUGGUGUCAGGGUAAAACUUUUUUUGUGUACCAAGAGAUAUGUAUCUCAAACAUGAUAACCAGAACAUGUGCUGGUAAGGGCAUUUACCAAUGAGACGUCAUUUAAUUGGAUAGAGGAGAUUCAGGGAAAACAAAAACUGGUCAUUCAUUCUUAGUUAAGCUGGUAACCCUCCGAAUGAAACUUUGUAAGUGUCCCAAACUUCCUGCAAUGAUUGGCUUUCAAAUUCCUAUUGUGCAUGAGCUUCAUUUGCACUGCGUUAUAAAUGUUGUGUUUUUCUCUAAGCUGAUCCAGACAUGUAAUGUUGUCAACAGUUACAUUGUUGUUUAGAACCACCCAAUCUAAGAAACCAUUUCUGAUUUUAAGACUCUGUUUCUUUUAAUUUUUGGGAAACCUGGUCCUUUACCUGGAAACUUUUUUGGCCAAUUUUCAUGUUGUUGUAGCAGGAAUAUUUGAUUUCUUUUUUCCCACAUGGUUAGACCAUCUAAUGAAAAACAUACUCAUAUCUUUACUUUUCGAAAAAGCUGGGAAGAAAUAUAAUAUUCUGCUUUUAGCACUACAACUAGUGAAGAAUUAGGGUAUAAUACUUAUUGUUUAGAAUUCUUCAACACCCAAAUUAAGAAGCCAUUUGUGAUUUUUACCUGCUUAAAGCAUCGUUUUAGGGUUUCCAAAGGCUUCAUACAGGCAAAGGCUUCAUUAGUAUGUACAGGUAGAAGACAUUUCCUAAGCAACGGGACGUUUGCUUUUUUCCCAUGAAGUCUUUCUGAAAUAUAUAUUAAUGGGAUGAAUAAAUGUGUUUACAUCUAAUUUGUUUUAUCCUUAUAAAUACAUGGUGUUGUGAAUUAUAUGCAGAUACUUGAAUUUUUCAACCUUUUUGCGUGUUUGCAGGGUGUUUAUUCAAGCAUAUUCUGAUAGCAUUAUUCUGUUUUGACUGAUAAAAUCAUACGUUUUGUGAAGAUUUGAAACUGGCCAAUCCAACCAAUGUAGUUUUGCCUCCAAAAUCUAAUUCAACAUGUGCAAAAUUGCAUUAAAAGUUUAUCAUUCAUAUAUGUGAAAAGAUUGGGAAAUUAAGGUACCAGGGCUCUUUAUUGUACAGCUCUGGGAAAUUCAGGACAGUAAGUCUUGAUCUUUGAUACAUGUAUAUGUAAAUCUAGUCUUCUAAACCUUCGUACUCUUAAGAUGCAUUGAGGACUUUUCUUGGCUAGACACACCACCUGACUAAGAAAUUCAUCUUCGUACGGUGAAUUAUGAAAGAUGAUUGAUUGAUUGAAGGGAACAGCCCAUUGAGCACCUCAGAUGUACGGCAGAUUUCUACAUCCAGCUGACAGAUACACAGACAUCACAAACAUUUUAGACUCAUUUUCAGAAUAGAUUUUCAUCAGGAGAGAAAAAGGGGAAGUAACUCUCAUAGUCUCUAUUUGUAGGAUGCUGCUGAAAGGAUUUGUCUCAUAGGGGAUUUCCCAGGUUUCCCCAACUUUUGGGUGACGAUUAUAGUAUUUUUAGAAUGUCUCUUUUAAAUGAAGAACAUACCCUAUAUAUAUAGCUAUUUCUUGUUUACCAGUGUCUACAUGUUGCUGUAUACUUAUAACUGAUAACACAAUUUUUACAU